AUGAGCCGCAAGAGGAGUACCUGCGAGGUCGGCUCGGACAUGGAGGGUUCGACUAAAUCCCGAAAACUGAACGGGUCGCCUGACUGGCACCCCCCCUUAUCCUUAUCACGCCUACAUGUAACCAUCAAUGACUCUGACGAUGGCUUUGACGACAACGCGCCAGGCCAACCCGCUGGGAACCAGUCACCCUUGCACCAGACAGAGAGCAACCAGACGAAUGGUACAGACGCGAUGUCUUUAGACGGUGACCAUACAGAGGACGACUCGACGAAUGGUACAGACGCAAUAUCGAUUGACGGCGACCCUACAAGUGACGAACAACAAACAAUAACCAAUCAUCGCUACUUUCAGGUGGUCGUAUACGGGGGGUCCGAACGCUGGUCUGUACUCUACGACAGACAACAGCGGCAGGCGGCAAUUAACAUGGGCUUGAAUGCCAAUCGAAGCCGAAGAGUCGACCGGGUGGCCAGAACAGAGAGGACCUUCGCCUACCUCCUAUCGAACAGGAGGGGCAUGGCGACGUCUGACCUUACGUUCACGGAACUUACCUUUAAGCAACGUAUCGCCAUCAUGUUGCAACUCAACCGGCCAAACGGUGGCCAACGAGUUUCGGGCAACCCGCAGCAGUCGAUUGGACAGGCUACCGGCAUCACUCGAUGGCCGGAUCUGAGGGCAAGCACCGACAGCGGCGCCGAGUAUCUGGGCACGCAGCACUCCAUGUCGAUCCUGUUACGGAGUCCCGUCGCGACAGACAUAACAUAUAUGCGCUUGCGUCCCUGGAUCAAAAGGGAUUUGUACGACUUAUUGGGCGUCUUCCGCCCCUGGAUCUGCUACGGUACCGGGGCUCCAGUGACGCACGCCGAUUUCCUGUACCUUGUGCGAACUGCCCCCAGAGACUACGAAGACGUUGUUGAGAAUGCCACCGAGCUCAUCUUUUCCCUGUGGGGGCAAGAGGAGAGUGGCGUGAUGUUCGCUGACGAGGGUUCCAACGACAGCGAGAAUGGCGGUGGCAUACUCGAUGGCGACAAUUGGGGUUGGGACCCGUCAGGUAGCGAAGCGUCCAGUGACUAG